AUGGUUAUUGCUACUCUUGAUUCCACAGCACACACACACACACCUGAAUGUCUUUCCCUCACAGCCACAGCUCACACAAAGACCUCCUUUCUAACCCUUUUGUGUAACACUUUCUUCCUUGCUUUUGGUCUCAUUUUGGUCAUUUUUCAUGUUGAAGCCAUUACUUUAAAGUGUGUUAUUGGCGUGUUGGGACUGGGGUCAAGCGACAAAGGUGACGUACCACAGAUGGUGGGAAAAAAAAACACAGAUGGUCAAAAAAAUGUGGAGCAAAAGUACUGUUCCUUUUUUUUUUUUCUUCAAAGAAAAGCCAAGCUGUUUCCUUUUUUGAUUUUCCGCCUGUGCUUAACUAAACAGACACCAGACCGGUGUCUCCUCUGCUCUGCAGUGACUGUAUGUGAAUGCUUGAGAGAGGCAGUGUGUGUGUUACUUGUUGCUCUGCUAUUGACAGUAUGA